CCUCGCUCCGCCCCCACGCCAGCCUAGCUGUGGUUGACUUGGAAACCGUCUCGGCGUCGUUGGUGAAGUUGGAGGACAGCACAAUCACUGCAGGGAUGAAAUUCCCCCUGCUUGGAACACCUUUUGCAUUCAGAAUGAGAUAAUACACAGUGGUGGCUGAGGAUGCUAGUAGGUGCGACUGGAGACCGGGCAACGACCCGCGAAAGAUUCAAUGAAGUCCUCAAGAAAUACUCUGAAUCAGACAAGAAAAAGUUCAAGAAAAAAAAAGCAGAAUCUCAGGAGACUAUUGUGCUUCAGAAUCUAAAAAAGAAUCUCAACCUUGAGAAGGACACAGAAGAUGAUGAGGCCAUCCUCCAGAACACAUAUCACCCUGAGCAGGGCAGCCCUCGCUACACCAAGAAUAAGCAAAGAGAAAGGGAAACAGCCGAAAAGGUUAACAACAAAACUACAAACCAAGAGGAGAGUCCGACGCCAAAAGGCAAGAGGAAAAGCAGGAGAGAUCUUCCCCCCCUUUCUCUACCUGAGGAUACCAAAAGUUACAUCCAGAAGGUUGCAGAGGCUUCCAACGCCGAGAUUGCUGUGGAGCCAAAUUAUGUAGGUGGUGGAAAGGGACCAAAGCGGAAAAGUAAAAAGGCAAAAAGCAGGGGAGAUACAGAGGCAAACGCAGUGAGUCAUGUGGAGGAUGCAGAGGACAAGCUUCUGAAAGAAUACCAGCAGCAGAUUGCACAGAAGGAGGAAAGGACUUUAAAGACACUAAGCAACAAGAAUGAGGAUAAGCGUGUUCUCCCCCAAAAUGUUUCACUCAAUAAUGAUGUCGGAAAGAAGAAAAAGAAAAAGCUCAAAUCUGUAAUCACACAGUCGGAAGUAGGGGAUGAAGAUGCGGAUCAGGAUGCUGAUGUGGACAACGAAACAGAAUCCAAGGGAAAGAAGAAGAAAAAGAAAAAAAAACAUGUUGUCAAAGAAGAGAGUGAAGCUGAGGCAGAAGUCCCACAGAAACCAGCAUUCGAUGACAGCCUUGUGCUUGGAGUGUUCGUCCACAGAACCGAUCCCCUCAAGACGGACCUACUGAUCUCACACCCUAUGGUGAAGAUACAUGUCGUCAACGAAAUCACUGGACAGUAUGUGAAGAAAGAAGACUGCCAUCGGCCAGUCUCCUCAUUUUAUGAGCAAGAUAACGUUGACCACAUACUCCCCAUCAUGACUCAGCCGUUUGACUUCAAGAAGAACAAAUCAAUCAUCCCUGAGUGGCAGGAACAGAUCAUCUUCAAUGAACGCUUUGGCUACUUUGUGGAACAAAAUGAUGAAAGCCCCCGAGUUAUACUUUUCUUUGAAAUUCUAGACUUCAUAACUAUGGAAGAAGCCAGAGCCAAUGUGGAGGUUGACCAGCAUGAGCGAGGAUUCAGAAAAAUUGCUUGGGCUUUCCUUAAGCUCGUCGGCACAAAUUCUGUGCUGAAUAUUGACAGUAAACUUCGCCUCCAGCUCUUCUUCCCUCCGCCUCGGGCAAAGAGACAACCCAAAACUAUUGAGGUGGUCGAGUGGUGGAGGAAGUACCCUCGAAACAAAUACGCAUCCACCCUUUAUGUCACGGUGAAAGGCAUUAAGCUCCCCGAGCAUGUGGACCCCGGUAUUCGUUCCAUGAUGGCUCUGCAGGAGGAGAGGGGCAGCACCUCCUACAAUGACCUGCAGAAUGAGGUCACCAAGAGAAGCCUCACACAGCCUCUAGGCAGCAAGCCGCCAGCCUUGAGAUGGAGCAGGCUGCCUGGACAGGUCUGUCGGAUUCCUAACAAGUCCAUGCUGUCGUUCCGCGGUGGUCGGAUGGGCUGCUUCACGUUGCUCUUCUCUCAUGGCGGCACCAUGCUGGCGGCUGCUUGUGCCGACACGGAUGCUUUCCCUGUAAUAGUGUAUGAGAUUCCCUCUGGCCACGCAUUGGCUGCUUUCAGUGGUCAUCUCAAAAUAGUCUAUGAUCUCUGUUGGUCCAGAGACGAUGUGAGCCUUUUGUCUGCCUCCUCUGAUGGAACUGUGAGAGAGUGGAACGUGGAGAGGCUUCAGGGAGCGGCCCAGAAGGUCCUCCCUCACCCAUCCUUUGUGUACUGCGCUCAGUACCACCCCACAGCCCAGAGCCUGGUGGUGACGGGGGGCUUUGACUCUCUGGUGCGAGUGUGGAGGCUUGAUGUCGAUGAUGUGAACGGCCAGCUGCUGCAGGAGUUUGAGGGUCACAACAGUUUCAUCAACUCCAUUUGUUUUGACUCUGAAGGAAGGAGAAUGUUCUCGGCCGACAAUACCGGGCUCAUCCUUGUGUGGAAAACUACAAUAAGUGACAGCAAGCGGCAUCAGCCAUGUCAUCACUGGUGUAUAGAGAAGAAAAUUGAUGAGAGUGACCUCAGGGGUGUACCCAUCAACAUGUUGCAGCUCCACCCAAACGGGCGGUGCCUGCUCAUUCAUGCAAAAGACAGUGUCCUGAGGGUGAUGGACCUGAGAAUCUUGGUUGUGAAGAAGUACACCGGAGCCACAAACUACAGAGAGAGGGUUUUCAGCACUUUUACGCCAUGUGGGAACUUCAUCUUCUCCGGUAGCGAGGAUGGGAUGGCAUAUGUCUGGAACACAGACACAGGGGACCAAGUUGCAGUCUAUUCUGAACUUUUGUACCCCACUGCUCUCCAUGGCGUGUCCUUCCACCCUCAUGAAAACAUGGUUGCUUUCAGCGCCUUCGGCCGGGGUCAGCCUGUCCGCCUGUACCUGUACGAUCGCAAAGUUUCCCAGCUGGAGGCCCACAAUUUAAAAGCUGCGAGCCGAUCGGCUUCAGCAGACACCAGAACUAUGAGAAGCACGCCCGACCCACCAGCGUUACAGGACACAUCUGUGGCUUCAACCAUGGAUCAGUUUGCCCAGGCAACAAGACUUGCAAUGAAAAUGCAAUGUGUGAAGGAGCAACUGGAUUCAGUACUUGAGCCAAAUCAGAGGCCCUCGACUUCUGAAUACAUUUAUGAGCAAGACAAAAGGAGCAUUGCUCACAGAGGGAGGGGCUUCACGAUAGAUUCUGGCACAACGGGAUUAAGUGCUUCGGUACUUCCUCUGUCCCUCUUGUCGCCGCACUCCGGUUCUCUGGCGGAGCAGCUUAUCCCUCAGGCAGCUCUGAGCACCCGAUAUCGGGGUUUCAGUCCAGUCAGUCAUCAUCUGAAAGGAGCUUCGAGGCUACACACGAGCCAAGCUGAGCACAUAUCUUCAGGCAUCCAUGGGGAAACAGAUUCUAUCCCCGUUCAACAAGUAGUCGUCUCGCUGUACGAUUACACAGCCAAUCGGUCCGAUGAACUGAACCUCUGCCGCGGUGAUGUCAUCCAAGUGCUGUACAAAGACAAUGACAACUGGUGGUUCGGGCAUCUGGCCAACGGGCAGCAGGGAUAUUUUCUAGCUUCUUAUGUAGCAGAUCAGAGAGAUUUCGAUGAAGAGGGAACUGAGUCUGUUGGGGCGAGAGCCGCCUUGUCUGAAGGGACCGUUGAGAGGUCAACACCAACCAGGGUAUCUGGUGCAAUCAGUUCUUCUGGGGAACUUAAGUUUCUUUCUGAGCCGACCCUUUCUGACACCGAACCAGAGCUGACCGAUGCCAGGGCGAGAAGGAAAAAGAAGGUGAAACGGUCAGGAGUUCCUGCACCUUCGUCUCAAGCCACAUUUUCAGAUGCAGAUAUUCCGAGAGGGACGAGCAGCAGGAGGAGAGGAAGAUCCACAGAGAGGCCCCUCCCAAAGAGGCCGACCGGGCGGAGUAAUGGGGCCUUUGAGCCCGACACAUAAACCCACACACUGCUGUUUGAGUGCUUUCAGCCUUACUCUGUUUUAUGUAUUUUUAACAUAUUGUUUUUUCUACUUGAUUCAGUAUAUUUUGUAUGUACAUAAUACAGAUUGAUCAAUGAAAUGUAAAGACUUCUUCAAAAGAGUUCUAGGAAUUAUUCUCCCAUGUUUUACAUAUUUAACCAUAAAUUGGCUGUUUACACUUUUAGGCAUAGAAGGUAUCGGAAACUACAUUUCUGUAGUGUUUUAUUUUAUUUUAUUAGCCUCUUUAUAGUUAAUGUUACACAGCUAUAUACAAAUACAGAUUAUUUCUUUCAAAAUGUCUAAUGUCAUGUAAAGUCCCACUAUUAAAAUCUAAAAUCUGC